CACACAGAUUUUACAGUUUUAAAAACUCGCACACGUGCAUUUCGAGACCGCCUUUUUUAUUCCCUUUAUUUACAUCGAAAUUCUGAAUAUUUGGACACAAGGCGACGAGCACACAUAAUUCAGGAUGGUGAAGAAGAAAAUAGACAACCGGAUACGGGUGAUGAUCGAGAACGGCGUGAAGCUGGGCCACCGCACCAUGUUCAUUGUGAUCGGCGAUAAGGCGCGCGACCAGGUGCCGAUCCUGUACGAUAUUCUGACUAAAUCCACAGUGAAAGCGCGACCCACGGUGCUCUGGUGCUACAAGAACAAGGAUGAGGCCAUAUCGAACCAUGGGAAGAAGCGUGCCAAGAAGAUAGCCGUGGGCAAGGUGGAUGUAAACGAGGCGGAUCUGUUCGAUUCAUUCCGAGUGGCCACCACCAUCCAUGGCAGAUACUACUCCGAAACGCAUGCGAUACUGGGGCGAACAUACGGCGUCUGUGUGCUGCAAGACUUUGAGGCACUGACACCAAAUCUCCUGGCCCGCACUGUGGAAACGGUGGAGGGCGGCGGCCUGAUCAUCCUACUGCUAAAGACCAUGCAGUCCCUAAAGCAGCUAUACACCAUGAGCAUGGAUGUGCACAAGCGUUACCGCACGGAGGCUCACCAAACGGUCACCUGUCGGUUCAAUGAGCGCCUGAUCCUGUCCCUGGCGGACUGCCAGCGCUGUCUGGUGGUCAACGAUGACCUCACUGUGCUGCCUUUGAGCUCCAAGACCAUCAAUGUGACGCCGGUCAACCCCGAUGGUGCUGGUCGCUCGCCCAACGAAUCCAGUUUAAAGGAGCUCAAGGAGAGCCUGUUGAAUGUACAGCCCGCAGGGGCCUUGGUUAAUCUCUGCAAGACCUACGACCAAGCGAAUGCCGUGGCACAGUUCAUUGAGGCCUUGGUGGAUAAGCAACUGAAGCCGCCAAUGUCUCUGACAGCGGCACGUGGUCGUGGCAAAUCGGCUGCUCUUGGCCUGUCCAUUGCCGCCGCUGUGGCCUUUGGCUAUGUGAACAUCUAUGUGACAUCGCCACAUCCGGAGAAUCUGAUCACACUCUUCGAGUUUGUCCUCAAAGGCUUCGAUGCGCUGGAGUAUCAGGAGCAUGCCGACUACACAAUCAUCCGGUCCACGAAUGCCGAGUACAAGAAGGCCAUCAUAAGAAUAAAUAUAACGAGGAGCAGCCGCCAGACGAUACAGUAUAUAGCGCCCAGCGACACACAUCUCCUGAACGCUGCCGAUCUGCUGCUAAUUGACGAGGCAGCUGCCAUUCCCCUGCCGCUGGUAAAGAAGAUGAUUGGUCCGUAUUUGGUAUUCAUGGCGAGUACUAUCAAUGGCUACGAGGGCACCGGCAGAUCCCUCAGCUUGAAGCUCAUCUCCCAGCUGCAAAAGGAUAACAAUGCGAGGCCGCCACUAAAGCUGGAAGAGUCGAUCCGUUAUCAGGAGAACGACGACAUUGAAAAGUGGCUGAUCAAUUUACUAUGCCUGGAUGCCAGCACAGUGCCUGGCAUUAGCUCUGGCUGUCCUACGCCCGAUGCCUGUGAGCUGUACUAUGUGGACAGGGAUGCUCUCUUCUCGUACCACAAGGCAGCAGAGGCCUUCCUUCAUCGGCUCGUCUCUAUAUAUGUAUCGUCGCACUACAAGAACACACCGAACGACCUGCAGAUGAUGAGCGAUGCACCGGCGCACCAUCUUUUCUGCCUGCUGGGACCUGUUCAACGAAUGGACGCCCUACCCGAGAUCCUGGUGGUUAUCCAAGUGGCCCUGGAGGGUCAAAUAUCGGCACAGAGCAUCAGCGAUUCGCUGGGCAGAGGCAAGAAGGCGGCCGGUGACCUAAUACCCUGGAAUAUAGCGGAGCAAUACGGAGAUCGAGACUUCCCCAAGCUUGGCGGCGUGCGGAUAGUGCGAGUGGCAACGCAUCCGAACUACCAGCGAAUGGGCUACGGCAAGCGGGCCAUUCAACUGCUGAAGGAUUACUAUGGAAAUAAGUUUACCAAUAUCGAUGAUGUUCCUGCCAACAAGAGUGCCAAAGCCGGCAUAGAGGAGGUGGAGGAGGAGCAGCUGAGCCUGCUCAAGGAGCAGAUCCGACCCAGGAGUCGCAUACCCACCCUUCUGCAGCGCCUGCAUGAACGCACCCCGGAAUCUGUGGACUAUAUUGGAACCUCCUAUGGCCUCACCUCCGAGCUGUUGAAAUUCUGGAAGGGAGCCGGCUUUGUGCCCGUGUAUCUAAGCCAGAAAUCCAACGAACUGACCGCCGAACACAGCUGCAUCAUGCUGCACACCAUCAGUGAAGGCUCCUGGCUGCCGCUCUAUUUCCGGGACUUCCGACGGCGAGUACUCAAGCUUAUGGGCAAGACGUUCCGGGAGUUUGAGACGAAACUGUGCCUGGCCCUGCUCAAGAAUAAGAUUGUGGAACAGUCCCAAGUGGAGCAUCUGGACAAGCCCAUGCUGGACGUCUACUUUCUGCCGCACGAUCUGCAGCGCCUGGAGAGUUAUGCCCGCCAACAGUCCGAGUUCCGGUUGAUCCUCGAUCUACUGACGGAUAUCGCUCAGCUGUAUUUCCAGGGACGGAUCGAGGGACUGCAGCUGGAUCUGGUGCAGCAGGGUAUUCUCCUGGCUGUAGGCGUUCAGGGUAAAUCAGUGGAUGCCCUCGGUCUGGAGCUCAAUAUGCCGGGUAACCAGCUUUUGGCCAAGUUCUUUGAUGCCAUGAAGCGGUGCAAUAAGUGCUUUAGAUCCAUACUCGAGGAACACAUCGAAGGCGGAAUGCUGAAGGAGGCCGAACUGUCCACGGGCGAGGAACUGCAGCCACUGAGUCUGUCUCUCGACAAGGAACUGGAUGAAACGGCCCAAAAGCUGAGCAAGCAGCAACGCAAGGAGCUCAAGCGACUGAAGGCCGAGCAGCUGGACGAAUUCCAGAUCAAGGGCAGCGAGGAGGACUGGUCCAAGGCCCUGCAAACCAAUGGAUCAGCAUCAGCGGGCGGUGGCAGCGGGCUGCUCUCCGUCAAGAGUGGCGUCAAGCGCUUGGAUGGACCAAUGGACCUGCCCGAGGACCGGGAUCUGGCUGCUCCGCUGUCUAAAAAGAAAAAGAAGAACAAUCCCAAGCUAAAACGCAAUCAGGGAAAGUCCCUGAUCUAGAUACAGGCAUUGUUUUUUUGUUUUGGGGGGAAAAAAAUAAUGUAGUUUUUAAUGCUAUAUAGAAAAGUACAUACAUUUCGUUAUAAGCUCCGUUUCAAAAUAAAAAGAGCACUUAAUCGA